ACGUACCAUAGUUGCAUCUCAAUCUCCCGCCAUAAUCAAUCCGGAAACUGAAAAUGGCUUCCGACUCUUCUCCAGGACCUACGUCAACUGAUGACUUAAUUUCAAGCCCAGGCAGGAACACACUUUCUCCUGCGAACAAUACUCGCAACAGCCGUCGAAAGCGCGGUCGUCCAUCUGCGGCAGUUGGGACGCCGCCAGUACCAUCACAUUCCCGCUAUGUUGGCACACCUGAACCAUCCCCAACACCCAAUUCCACGGCCCCAUCAUCGCGUCGUGGUGGUAGAGGGAGAUCCGGCUCCGUGCCCCUGACGUCUCCUUCGACCGACGAUGUAGUCCCUUCAUCCGAAGGUGGAGAAGAAGACGAAGCAAAUGGAUCCCCUGCAAUGUUUGUUUGGGGAACCAAUAUCAGCGUGCAAGACGUGAACGCUGCGAUCUUGAGGUUUUUGAGGCAUUUCCGCGAACACGAGUCGCACACUGACGGGAAAUACAUGAAAGCCAUCAACCACGUCAUCGAGAUCGAAGGGGAGUCGUUGGAAGUCGAUGCUAACGAUGUAGAUGCCUAUGAUAGCGACCUGUAUACGAAGAUGGUGAGGUAUCCCUUAGAAGUUCUUGCCAUAUUCGAUAUUGUGCUGAUGGAUAUGGUUAGUAGAAUCAAUCCAUUAUUCGAGAAGCACAUACAAGCGCGGAUUUUUAAUUUGAAAACGUCAACUUCCAUGAGAAAUCUCAACCCAGCUGAUAUUGAGAAAAUGGUGUCAUUGAAAGGAAUGGUUAUCAGAUGCAGUUCGAUUAUUCCCGAAAUCAGGGAAGCAGUGUUCAGAUGCAUAGUGUGUGGGCACUUUUCUGAACCCAUUGUUGUAGACAGAGGGCAAAUCAGUGAACCAACCAUAUGUAUGAAGGAAGAGUGCAAAACAAAGAACUCAAUGACAUUAGUUCACAAUAGAUGCAGGUUUGCAGAUAAACAAAUUGUAAGACUCCAGGAGACACCUGAUGAAAUCCCUGAAGGGGGUACACCUCACACAGUGAGCUUGCUGAUGCAUGACAAAUUGGUCGAUGCUGGAAAACCUGGUGACAGAGUUGAGGUAACUGGGAUAUACAGAGCUAUGAGUGUGAGAGUUGGCCCAACUCAAAGAACUGUGAAGUCUUUAUUCAAGACUUAUAUCGAUUGUCUUCAUUUAAAGAAAACUGAUAAAUCAAGAAUGAAUGCUGAAGAUCCAAUGGAAACUGAACAGAACUCUACUCAAAAUGGUGAAGAACCCCGUGUGGAUAAUGAAGAGCUGGUUGAGAAACUGAAAGAGCUAUCAAAACAGCCUGAUAUAUACGACAUGCUUACAAGAUCUUUAGCUCCAAACAUAUGGGAACUAGAUGAUGUGAAGAAAGGACUUCUUUGUCAGCUUUUUGGUGGAAGUGCUUUGACACAUGAUACAGGAGCCACAUUCAGGGGAGACAUUAAUAUUCUUUUAGUAGGUGAUCCUGGAACCAGUAAAUCCCAGCUUUUACAAUACAUUCACAAAUUAGCUCCCCGUGGGAUUUACACAAGUGGAAGAGGAAGCUCAGCCGUUGGAUUGACUGCUUAUGUGUCCAAAGAUCCUGAAACUGGUGAAACUGUUUUGGAGAGUGGGGCUUUGGUUCUUAGUGACAGAGGCAUUUGCUGUAUUGAUGAGUUUGAUAAAAUGUCUGAAAACGCAAGGAGCAUGUUACAUGAGGUGAUGGAACAACAAACUGUGUCAAUAGCAAAAGCAGGGAUAAUUGCGUCAUUAAACGCAAGGACUUCAGUUUUAGCAUGUGCAAAUCCAAGUGGCUCACGUUAUAAUCCUCGUUUAUCUGUAAUUGAUAACAUACAUCUUCCCCCAACAUUGCUCUCAAGGUUUGAUUUGAUUUAUUUACUUCUUGACAAAGCUGAUGAGGUGACAGAUAGGCGACUUGCCAAACAUAUUGUUGCAUUGCAUUUUGAAAAUCCCGAGAAUUCAGAGCAGAAUGUGAUAGACAUUCCAACCUUGACUGCUUAUUUGAGUUAUGCUAGAAAAAACAUACAUCCGGAAUUGUCUGAUGAAGCUGCUGAAGAGUUGACACGUGGCUAUGUUGAAAUGAGAAGAAGAGGGAAUUUCCCAGGAAGUAGUAAAAAGGUGAUAACAGCUACUCCUAGACAAAUUGAAAGUCUGAUACGUCUCAGUGAGGCUUUGGCUAGAAUUAGAUUUUCAGAAUUGGUGGAGAAAAAAGAUGUUGUGGAGGCUUUUCGGCUUCUUGAAGUUGCAUUACAGCAAUCUGCAACAGAUCAUGCUACUGGAACUAUUGAUAUGGACCUGAUAACAACUGGUGUGUCUGCAAGUGAAAGAAUGAGAAGGGACAAUUUGGUAGGGAUGACUCGAAAUAUCAUCAUGGAAAAAAUGCAAUUAGGAGGUCCAUCUACUCGAAUGCUAGAGUUGCUGGAAGAGCUGAAGCAGCAAAGCAAUAAUGCUGAACUUCACCUUAAUGAUCUACGAAAUGCACUUGGUAGUCUUGCAAGUGAGGGAUUUGUGGUGAUCCAUGGUGACAGUGUUAAACGAUCAUGUCUCAGGCUGCCAGUAGACAAAGAUGGCAACGAAUACUCCGUUUGGCUCAAGAAAGGAUGGCUAUGGCUAUGGUCCAACAAUCCUACGAUGAUAGCUUACAUACCCUUUCCAUGGUUGCACUCUAAAGGUCUUUAA